AUGCGGGCGGCCCGGCCGGCGGACGCCUCCCUGCUCUACAUCCCCGCCACGCUUCUGCUCUGCCUCAGUUCCGCCAGUCUGUGCUUGGUGGAGGCGGACAGCCCUUCUGCCCCAGUCAAUGUCACUGUGAAACAACUGACGGCCAACUCAGCUAUGGUGAGCUGGGAUGUGCUGGACGACGAGGUGGUCAUUGGGUUUGCAAUUUCUCAGCAGAAGAAGGAUGUGAGGAUGCUGCGAUUUAUCCAGGAGGUAAACACCUCUACCCGUUCCUGCGCCCUGUGGGACCUGGAGGAGGACACAGAGUACAUCGUUCACGUGCAGGCCAUCUCCAUUCAGGGCCAGAGCCCUGCCAGUGAGCCGGUCACCUUCAAGACGCCUCGAGAGGCCGAGAAGUUGGCCUCCAAAAACAAAGAUGAGGUGACCAUGAAGGAAAUGGGAAUGAAGAGCCAGCAGCUUCGGACGGGCGAGGUGUCAUUGCUCUCUUCUGUCGCCAGUAUGACAUCAUUAAGGACAAUGAGCCUAACAACAAGGAGAAAGCCAAGAGCGCCUCAGAGAACAGCACCCCAGAGCAUCAGGGUGGGGGCCUCCUUCGCAGCAAGAUAUGAAAACUUCUUACCUGCUCAGUGGGCUUUGAGCACCUGGAAAGAACAGAACUAGAGGAUCGUUGUUUUGACGAUGGUCAUUCAGCUCCUGGUCCUCACCAUCUCCUCCUCUCUCUAUGCUAUCAGCCUUCUCACCUCCCUACCCUCAGAGUUGGGUUUCCUCUUCUCUAUCCCUGCUCCUAGCUUUUAUCUUUCCAGUGUGCUUUCCCU